GUUUAACGUGAUUGGUUGGGUUGCGGGCUGGGGAUCAUGGCGAGAAGGAUGAGCGAAGCAGGGGAGGUUGAGUCUCUGUCUGCGAAUGUAAUGGCUGAGGACGACCCCAACUUCAACCACCAAACCCAAGAGGACAUUAACCGGGAUACUGGGCCCCGGUGGGGUCCCCAGCAUGCCGGAGCCCGAGAGUUGGCGGAACUUUAUUCCCCGGGUAAAAGAUUGCAAGAGUGGAUUUCCGUUAUCCUCUGCUUCUCGCUGAUGAUUCUUAAUUUCUGCCACCUUACUAUCAACUUUAAUAUAAUAUACACACCAACUAUUAUUUUGGGGAUCUUGCUUGGUGUCAUCACUGCAGAUUUUGCGUCAGGAUUGGUGCAUUGGGGUGCUGACACAUGGGGGUCUGUUCAUCUGCCCAUCUUUGGAAAGGCUUUCAUCAGGCCUUUCCGUGAGCAUCACAUUGAUCCCACUGCCAUUACCAGGCAUGAUAUCAUUGAAACAAAUGGUGAUAACUGUAUGAUGACCAUAAUUCCUUUGUUGAACAUGUUCUACAAGUUUGUAACUUUGUCUCCAGGUGAGUAG